AUUACGAAAUCCCCAUUGCUCAAUCUCCCAGCAGAAGUCAGGAUCAUCAUCUGGAAGGCCGCCUGGACCAUGCAUGGCAUUGGCAAGAAGUCCGCAGAACACCCGGUAGCAGACUACGCCUCCACCCAGAUUCGUGCCAUCUGCCUGCUGGGCAAAAUCUGUCGUCAGAUCCGGAAUGAGGCUUACGCAGAAUUCUUCCACCGGACCCAGCUCGUCUGUAGACGGCGUACCAACUCGCUCAUGACCCUGAUUGACGAGCCGGUUAUGGACAUUAUCUUCAAGUCCAAUCUUAUCCAGCAAAACAUUAGGCACGUCAGCUUCCAUUGGUGGCGAUUCAAGGACUUCUAUCUCUACAAUGUCUUGAGAUUGCUGGCGCGUGCGCCACAGCUCAGCACACUCGAGAUCGUGUUCACCGACCCCGGACUAUGGAGUAAAUAUCGCCCAGGAAUUGUGAGCGAACGCCGUAACGAGCCGGUCAUGGAGAAGUACUUUGAUCCGAGACGAUAUAAACUGGUAUUGAAAGGACCGCCGCUGUCGCUCGACAAGAUCACUUUCAAGCUUGAUUUUCAGAGCGGCAAAUCUGUUGAGAUAUGGGAGAACACAAAAUGGUUCCAGGACAUUAAGAGGGACAUUGCAAAAGCUCAUCUGAAGAAGGAAGGCGAAGUGAGUAUCUUAUCG